AUGAACGUCCUGCGCUUCUCAUUGCGCCAGGCUGCUCGCGAGUGGCAAGCAGGUGAGCUACGCACGCUGGCCAUGGCUUUACUCAUCGCCGCUGCCACCCUGACAGCAGUUGGCGCCUUCACCCAGCGCGUGCAACGAGGGUUGGAGGCAUCGGCCACCGAAUUACUUGGCGCCGACCUCGUCGUUCGGUCGAGGCAGAUGAGCGCCCAGAACUGGGCGGAGGAAGCAGGCCGUCGCGGCUUGAGAACUGGCGACGUCGUCGAGUUUCCCAGUGUCGUUUUCGCUGGCGACGAAUCGAUGCUAGUGCAGGUCAAGGCGGUAUCUGAAACCUACCCGCUACGCGGCUCAAUGGAAAUCGCCGAUCAACCCUUUGCACUGCCCUACUCGACCGCCGAUGUCCCUGCUGCUGGGGAGACCUGGGUCGAUGCCCGAGUCAUCAACGAACUUGGAAGUGCCAUUGGCCAGCAGCUGGAGUUGGGCGAGCUCAUGCUCAAAGCCGCCAAGGUUGUCGCGCUUGAACCGGACCGCAGUAGUGGAACCUUCGAUCUGGCGCCCCGAGUGAUGAUCAACCUGGCCGAUCUGGCCAGCUCUGGAUUAGUAGCUGAGGGCAGUCGUGUCCGCUAUCGGUUCUUGAUUGCCGGUGAAGCGGCGGCGGUACGAGAGUUUAGACAGUGGUUGGAACCGCGCCUGCAGUCGGGCCAGUACUUUCAAUCAUUGCGUGAUAGCCAGCAGCAGCUUUCCUCCGCCCUAGACCGAGCCAGUCGCUUCCUCAGCUUGGCAGCACUUACCGCAAUCAUUCUGGCCGGUGUUGCCAUUGUGAUCGCGGUGAGUCAGUUCGCCAGGCGACACUUCGAUACAGUGGCCAUUCUUCGCUGUUUAGGGGAAAAGCAGUGGUCAGUGUUCGCCGCGAUGGCGCUACAGUUGCUUUGGGUCGCGCUGCCGUCGCUGGCCAUCGGUGCUGCGCUGGGCUACCUAGGUCAGACGUUGCUGGUGUGGGCAAUGGGCGACCUGCUUCCGACUGAUUUACCCCACCCGGACCUGCUGCCCGGCAUCACCGCCAUGGGCAUCGGGCUAGUGGUGUUGCUAGGGUACGGCCUACCGCCGCUGCUAAGAUUGCGGCAGGUUCCGCCAAUUCGCGUCCUGAACCGCUUACUGGGCGAACCCGGCAGCGGUGUUGUCGGCGCUUAUCUUGGCGCGGGGGCGUUUUCAGUCGCGCUGAUUGUCUGGCAAGCCAACGAUUUGAAGCUAGGUUUGGCCAUGGUCGUAGGUUUGCUUGCGACCGCCGCAGCGCUGGUCGGUGCCGGUGCACUACUAGCUCGCGUAUUGCGCCGUUUUGCCCGUGGGCGGGCGAGCUGGCGACUAGGUCUGGCCUCGGCAGCCCAUGGCGGCACGGCUCAACUCCAGCUGGCAGGGCUGGGACUUGGCUUGCUGGCGAUCCUGCUCUUGAGCGUAGUGCAGCGUGAUCUGCUACAGGGUUGGCAGACCUCCCUUCCCCCUGACACACCCAAUUUCUUUCUCAUCAACAUCCAGCCCGAGCAGGUCGACAGCACCGCACAGUACUUUGCCGAACAAGGUAUCGUUUCUGCUGGUGUAUUCCCGAUGGCGGUGGCCCGGCUGGCUGCGAUCAAUGGCCGCCCACCGCAGCUGACAGACUUUGACAGCCCUCGUGCCGAAUCAAGAAUCAGAGGCAACGUCAAUGUUUCAUGGAGCCAGGCCUUGCCGCCGGCCAAUCGCUUGCUCGAGGGUCGUUGGUGGAGCGGCGAAGGCGCAGAGAUUUCUCUGGCCGAAUCCUGGGCUCAAUCAAUGAAUCUAGCCGUCGGCGAUCGGAUGACGUUUGUGGUGGGCAGUGACGAAAUUGAAGCACCCGUUUCAAACAUUCGUGAAGUCGAUUGGGACUCGAUGCAACCCAACUUUUUUAUCCUGCUGUCACCAAAAUCGGUGAACGGAGUCGCGCGUACCUACAUCAGCAGCUUGUACUUGCCCGAUCAGAAAGCCACCGCUAUCACCGGGCUGAUCAAACAGCACCCUAACAUCUCGGUAAUUGACAUUAGCGCCAUUCUUAAACGCAUCCAGACUAUCGUCAGCCGGGUUAGCCAAACCGUCCAGCUGGUAUUUGCCUUAACCCUGCUGGCCGGACUGCUGGUACUGGUGGCGGGGUUACAGAGCUCACUGGAUGAGCGCCGCUAUGCCGCCGCUGUAAUGCGCACACUAGGGGGUUCACGGGCGCAAUUGACCAGAGCAACACUAGUCGAGUUCAUGAUGCUGGGGCUGACCGCCGGGUUGGUCGCGUCACUGGCUGCGUUGGGCAUCGGCUGGGUUAUUGCCGAACGGGUUUUCCAGAUGCCUUACCAACCAUCGCUGGGCUUGUUGCUGGCUGGCGCACUGAGUGGUACGGCGCUAAUAACAGCCAUCGGGGUUUACGGUAGUCGUUCAGUAUUGCAGACACCGCCGAUGCUGGUCCUGAGAAAGUCCUAA